AUGAACUUCCAAUAUGCUCUUGCCACCAACAUUGUCUCGGCUGCUCUGGCCGACCUCAUUCCCUUUCGGCUUGUCGGCGUGCGGUAUCCGGACAAGGCUGCCUCGCUCGAGCCCGGCGCUCCAAAGCAGGACAAGUCGUCAUCUCGCAAAAAGAAGCCCAUCACUUUUCGCGCCAUCACAGCCAUGCCCGAGCUCCUCCUCCUCCAGCCGCGGUUCGUCGAUCUGGUCCGCCGUGCCUAUGGCGAGGCCGCGGCACUGGCCCUUGAUGCCUGGUUCCAUCUCGGCCUUGUCCACGAGUCCGAGUUCAUCUCCAGCCUCGCCACCCUCGCGCCGCACCUGCCCAAGUUUGCCGACCCGGAGCUGAUGGCCAAGAUCGAGACUGGCUUUGCCAAGCUCCUUGGUCACAACCUCCUUGUCCACACCGGCCGCCCGAUGCUCUUCACUCCGGACAUGCUCCCGCGCAAACCGACCAAGUCGCAGCAGGCUGCCGCCGCCGGCUCGCGCCGGUCCAACGCCAAACCACGCAAGGGUGCCGACGAAGACACUAUCAACCUCACUGGCGCCUCGGCCGGCCUCUCAGCCAUGUUCAACGCUGUCAUCGGCGGUAAGCGCAAGCGGUCGCCCACGCCGUCAGACUCGGACGAUGACGAUGACGACGCAUCCGCCGCGCCGGCCCAGGCUCCUGUCAAACGCAACCGCCUCGAGGGCAAGCUUGUCGAGCCCAACUUUGACAAGCUCCUCAAGCUCCUCGAGUUUUCGCUCCUCGAGGCCCACUUUGUCGCUGUCGGCGGGCCUGUGGCCUCGUUUGUGUGGCAGGCGGCCCAGCCCGACAUCACCACCAUUGUGACCGAGACCAAGACGCUCAAGUUUGCGCCGCCCAUUCCCAAGUCGCGCAUCGACGACGUUGCGCUCGGCACAUCCUACUCGGACGUCGAAGUUCGCAUCGUCGAGGUCCUUGGCGACGACGGCGAGGUCGAGACCCGCCGUGAGGCCGUGCCAGUUGAGAAAACCGUCGACGCUGCGCUGGUCGAAAAGACCCUCGUUCGCCUCCAGCUCCUCGACAUCCGCUUUCUCCGCCGCUCCAACGCCACCGGCCAGUACAUUCUCAGCUUUGACGCCGUCCGCAAGCACCUGCACGAGACCGCCACCCUCUCUAUCAUUCGCUCGCGCUACGGCCCGCUCGGCCUCCGCAUCGUCUCGGUCCUCCGCGAGCAACAGCACGCCGAAGAGACGGCACUCACCCGCCUCGCCAUGGCAAAGCCCAAGGAAGUCCGCCUCUACCUCAACAUGCUCAUCAAGGAUGGCUUUGUCGUCUGCCGUCAGGUCCCGCGCAACUCGGAGUUCUCCUCCAACAAGUCGUUUUAUCUCUUUUCCUACGACCCGCGCCGGGCCCAUCUCACCACCGCCGCCCUCGCCCGAAAGACCAUGUCCAACAUGCUCGUCCGCGCCAAGGCCGACACGGCCGCGCACGCCAAGCUCAUCGACAUGGUCCACGCCUUUGGCUCGCCAGACUCGCUCAAUGACGAGGAGCGCGAGCGCUGGAGCGCCUUUGAGGCCAAGCGGAACAAGCUGUUUGACGCUGCGCUCUCGAACCGCCACCUGCUCAUGGUCCUUGAUAUAUGA